AUGGAAACCAAACAUCGCAAUUUGAUAGAGCGGAUGCCGGUCGAGAUCUGUAUUCUCAUAGCGGAGAAGCUAUCGGUAAGAGACCUUAAUAUGAUGGGUUCCAUCGACAGACAUAUGAGGAUUAUUACGAUGCCGCUACUUCGUGGAUGCAAACUUCUCCAAAUCCUCACUCGUCAAGGCGAAAUCUCAUCCGUGGAUUUCCUUGAGAGAACGAACUACGUCGAUAUCCGAGUUCAAGACGCUCAUGGCAUGACGGCUCUACACUACGCGGCCAUGAAGGGCUACAAGAAAGUAGUAAAGCUCCUGACGAUGAACUCGCAGUACCGGGGAUUGUUGAAUGCACCAGAAAAACGACAAAAUGAUACCCCCUUGAUUCUUGCUGCUCGGUAUCAUGAUGAAAGUGUUUGCCAACUGCUGUUGGAUACAGGAGCAAACGUCAAUUCUCGAAACGCUCACGGUGAAACUGUCCUCUUCUGGGUUGUCAAGCGCCAAAGAACAAACUUAGCGCGCAUGCUGUUGAAACGAGGAGCAGACCCAAACCAAGGCGUUCGCCACGGGCUCACCCUACUUACUCUGGCCAUUAUGGAGGGCUGCUUUGAUUUGGUCAAAGUUCUGUUGGAGGAAGGAUGCGAUGUGGAGCAACCCGAUGCGCAAGGCUAUCGCCCUCUCGUCUGGGCCGUCGUGUUGGAUGAUCUUGCAGUGGCAAAUCUUCUUUUUGCUUAUAAUACAGAUGCCGCGACUCAAUCGAAUGGGAAAAAGGCAGAACGGUCGCCGCUCGUUUGGGCUGUGAUGAAAGGGAACGUGGACAUGGUCCAAUUGCUGCUCAAACACGGCGCUGAUAUUGGACAGACACCCACGGACCGCCGGGCGCCUCUCAUCUGGGCGGUAAUCCACCGAGUCACAUCAGUGGCUGAAGUGCUUCUUCAGAAUGGCGCGCGUCCGAAUGAAGCCGAUCUUAACGGCCAAACCGCUCUUGUAUGGGCUAUGUUAAAUAGGGACAAGGAGAUGAUUCAACUUCUUCUCGAGUAUGGGGCUGAUCCCGAGGUGAUUGGAAGAAAGGAAUGGUUAGUCUCCUUUGUCCCCGACGUGCAGCGUCAAUAA